CUCCGCCACAAAAAGGUAGUGGUCGAGCCUGACGGAAAAAGCCAAGUGAAUCGAUCGCGUAAAAUCCUCGAGAAUCAGGACCAGGUGCAGUGUGGGUUUCCUGUUCGAAAGCUGCCCCAAGAUGUCGGAUUAUUUUGAUGAUGAAGAGCAAAGGAUGCUGAUCAUGCGCAAGGCGUUCCAGAUGUUUGACACGCAGAAGACCGGCUUUAUCGAGACGAUAAAGAUCUCGACCAUUCUCAACACGAUGGGCCAGCUGUUCGACGAGGGUGAGCUGCAGGAUCUGAUCGAUGAGGAGGACCCCGAAAGCACGGGUCGCGUCAACUUCGACGGGUUCGCCAACAUCGCGUCCAACUUCCUGCAAGAGGAAGAAGAUGCCGAGGCGAUGCAGCAGGAACUGAAGGAAGCCUUCCGGUUGUACGACCGCGAAGGUAACGGCUACAUCACCACGAGCACGCUGAAGGAAAUUCUGAAAGCACUCGACGAUAAACUAUCCAGCGAGGACCUGGACGGCAUCAUCGGAGAAAUCGAUACUGAUGGUUCCGGAACGGUGGACUUUGAUGAGUUCAUGGAGAUGAUGACGGGCGAGUAAGCUAACGCGGAAGCUGCACAACGCUGACCCGCGGCCUUCCGGUUUACCCUACUUCCGGAUCCACCCAGGAGUGCCAGGACGAAAGAGGUUUGCCGGCGUGGAAGGCAGUUGAUGACGCUCGUUUAGUUACUAUCGAAUCGCAGCUCUGUGCCUUCCUUCCUGAUCCUUAAUUCCCCUCCAAACCAGUGUCGUUUGUGUGAGUUCCCUGUGAAUAUCAACGUGUCUAAUGCAUAAAAAGUACCAA